CUGCAGAAGCGCAAGUGGCUGAGCAACGCGGUGCUGCUGGCGGCGCCCUUCCUCAUCUGCAUGCUGCUGUGGGUGCUGCAAGACGUGAUCAACCAGCAGCUCGACGCCCGCUCCUUCCGAUGCGGCUGCAAGUGCCUGUCCUGCUGUGACUGGGCUUACAACGACAGCGAGUGUGGCUUCCUGUUCAGCACCACCGACCAGGCCGGGUUCUGCGCUGUGGAGGAGCCGCCGCUGUGGCCCGCACUGCUGGAGGUGCCGCAGGAGCAGCACCGAGGGCCCAAAGCCGCAAACGUCAUGCCCGCGGCGCUGCCCACCCCGCCCUCCAUCCCGCCCACCGACGCCCCCAUGCUCUACACAGGCGCAGACCCCGCUGAAGCGCAGCGGCUCAUGGAGGCGAUGUGGGGGCGGGCGGCCAGCAUCAGUGACGCGGUACUGGCGGCGUACAGCGCGGCGCAGGCGCAGGGCGAGGCGGUGCCCACAUCCACAGAGGGGCAGGCCAUCAGCAGCGAGCACGAUUUCCGCCACUCGGCUUGCCUGCUCCAUCCCCUGUGCCCUCAGGCUAUCACCAACAUGACUGGAUUCCCUGUGGAGUGCGCCAGCCUGGCGCCCGCCUGGCAGGUGGAUGCCAGCUGGAUCAACGACCAGGUCUACCUGCCGCCCGAGGCGGCGGCCGGCCCCGACGGCAGCCCCAGCUCCCAGUCCUUUGUGUCAGCCCUGUAUGACUGGAGCAACACCAGCGCAGCGGGGCUCAACGUGACGGUGUGGGUGAACAACAGCGACGUGGGGGGCGGGGAGGAGGGCGGCGUCCACCCACCCAGCGUGCAGCGCUGGUCCCAGCCCAUCAACCUGGCAGCCAACGCCUUUCUGAAGCGCCAGCUGGGCCCCGCGCACUCGGCGCGCCUGGUGGGCGUGAAGGACAUGCCUCGCGGCUCCUCCCGCCUCUCCCUCGACUUCUCCUCCCUGCUGGGGCCCCUGUUCAGCAUGUGGCUCCUGCAGCUGAUGCUGCCGGUGGGGGUGCACACGCUGGUCCAGGAAAAGGAGCAGCACCUGCGGGUGAUGAUGAAGAUGCAGGCAAGCGCUGCGGGCCUGAGCGACUCUGUCUUCUACCUGGUCAUGUACUGCUGGAACCUGGCCCUGUACUGCGCCUUUGUGGCCGUCUUCUGCCUCUUCGGCGGCCUCAUCGGCCUCAAGAUCUUCACCCUCAACAGCUACUCCCUGCAGGCCACUUUCUACUUCCUGUGGGGCCUGGCCCUCACCAGCUGGACCUUCUACUUUUCUGCGCUGUGGCGCGAGGCGCGCCCCGCCGUCCUGCUGGCCGUCAUUUGGCUCAUCAUCAGCGGGUGGGCUGCUUGGCGGUACCGCGGCCUGUAUGAGCUGUCUCAGUACGCCUUCCUGGCCGACCGUACCGGCGGCUCGGGCCUCACCUGGUCCAAGCUGGGCGAGGCGGGCAACGGCAUGGUGUCCGUGCUGCUGAUGUGCGCGGUGGAGGCUGUGGUGUUCAUGUGGCUGGCAUACUACCUGGAGCAGGUACGGGGUGCAGGGACUGGCAUCCGCCGCCACCGCCUCUUCUUCCUCGGCUUCAAGCUCCGCGAGAAGGAGGCCCCCGAGCGGCGGCGCUGGCUGGCUGGCUGGCGGCGGCGCCGCAGGGCCGCGCAGGACGGCGGCGGCACGGCCAAGGGCUCGGCGUCUGCACGUCAGUUGCUGGCUCAGCCGCCCGCCGCCAUCGUGCUGCGCUCGCUGCGCAAGGUCUUCCCAGCCCGCGACGGCAACGCCGAGAAGGUGGCGGUUGCUGACCUGUCGCUGGCCGUCCCGCGCUGCGAGUGCUUUGGCCUGCUGGGCCCCAACGGCGCCGGCAAGACCACCACCAUCCGCAUGAUGGAAGGCUUCAUGUCCGCCACCAGCGGCCAGGCCCUGAUAGAGGGGCUGGACAUUGGGCGGGACAUGGACGACAUCUACGCCCUCAUGGGCGCCUGCCCCCAGCACGACCUGCUGUGGGAUGGGCUGACUGUACGCGAGCACCUGCUGUUCUACGCCCGCAUAAAGAACUUUGCGGGCAAGCGGCUGAGGCGGGCGGUGGACGACGCCCUGCGCUCCGUCAACCUCUUCACAGUCGGGAACGACCUGGUGGGGGGCUACAGCGGCGGCAUGAAGCGGCGGCUGAGCGUGGCCAUCUCUCUGGUGGGGGACCCUCUGGUGGUAUACCUGGAUGAGCCAAGCACAGGCCUGGACCCGGCGUCCCGCCAGCUGCUGUGGAACGUGAUCCGCCAGGCUCGCCGCGAGCGCGCCGUGGUGCUGACAACUCACAGCAUGGAGGAGGCGGAGGCUCUCUGCGACAGGCUGGGCAUCUUUGUGGGCGGGCGGCUGCAGUGCCUGGGCAACCCCAAGGACCUAGUGUCCCGCUUCGGCGGCUACCUCUCCUUCACCAUCACCACGCCUGUGGGGCAGGAGGCGGCGGCGGCGGCGGUGGUGCGCGGGCUGUCGCCCUCGGCCCGCCUCGUGUAUGCCUUGGGCGGCACCCAGAAGUUCGAGCUGCCUGUGGGGGAGGCCGGGGUGGACCAGAUCUUCUCCCGCAUGGAGGAAGUGAAGGCCAGGCGGGAGUUGGACUUGGUUGAUUGGGGUGUCUCCAACGCCACCCUGGAGGAGGUGUUCAUCCGCAUCACCCGCGAUGCGGGCGUCAGGAUGGGCGCAUUUGCCUGA